AUGGAUCGAGCGAAGAAAAAAUUUGCGUCAGCUAUUGAUGGACUUCGUUCAUUGCAUAAUAGAACAGAAAUCAACGUGGACGAAAAAGUACAAUCAGAGCAUUGUCGGUUUACAAGAGUUGUUCGUCACGGUCUUCCAGAAGAUCCACGUUGCUGUGCAUAUGAUCCAGUUCAGAGAUUAAUUGCAAUCGGAACGGGAAGAGGACAUAUUCGGAUAAUUGGUGAUGCAGGAGUUGAUUAUUUAUUGAAACACGAGUCAGGUGAACCAGUUCUUCAUAUGCAGUUUCUUGUGAAUGAGGGUGGAUUAAUCACUUCUUGUGGUACGGAUUCCAUUCAUUUAUGGAAUUAUCGACAGAAAACAGCUGAAAUCGUGCAUACAGUCCAAUUGAGUAAAGAAUCUGUGUCUUGUAUUCAUUUGCCUGUUGCCGGAAAAUGGUUGUUUAUUGGAACUGAUAAGGGCAACGUCUAUUUCUUAUGCUUGAACAGUUUUCUUCUUAGUCCAUAUGUAAUUAAUUGGAACAAAGCUAUUGAUCUUUCAUGUCGGGUACAUCCGGGUCCAGUUCGCCAGUUGUCAAUAUCGCCUGCAGAGCAAACGAAGCUAUUAAUAGUAUAUGAUAAAGGAAUAGUAGUUCAAUGGAAUUUAGCAAAUAAAGAAGUUGAUCGAUACCCAUUGGAUCCCCCAAUUAAAAGUGUUAAUUGGCAUUUUGAUGGACGUCAAGUGUUGACUGGAAACGUGGAUGGAUCAAUAUCAUUAUACGGAAAUAAGAAGUCAUCUGAACCAAUUCAAAGAACAACUCCACAUGGAACUGGUCCGUGUCGGCCAAUUCAACAAGUUGAAUGGAAGCAUAUGAGUGAAAAUGAGAGUAUUAUUAUGUUUUCUGGCGGUAUGCCAACUGAUGACGGACUUCCAAUGCCUGCUUUAACUAUUCUAAAAGGUGGAAAGUCUGCAACUGUACUGGAAAUGGAUUGGCCUAUCAUUCAAUUUAUACCGCUUAAUCAGAACAUUUGGAAUUGUAUUCCUCAAUGCCCACACUCUGUGGCUGUUCUAUUAAAACAUGAUUUCAUGGUUCUUGAUUUGAAUCAACAGGGACAUCCAGUCAUUGAAUCUCCACAUUCAAUGAAUAUUCAUGAAAGCCCUGUGACUUGUAUGGCCUAUUAUUCUGAUUGUCCGUUGGAUUUGAUUGGUGCACUUACAUUGGUUGGAACUAAACAAAGAAACAAGGAGUUCAGUACUAGGACUCACGAAGUGCCAGUUGAUAGGAUUCUUGAUAGUGACAUCACCGACAAUAAGACUGAUCUUGAACUGACCGCUGAGAUUGUGGAAGGAUUUAGCGGCAGUGCGGAGGACAGUAUCGUAGAGGUAGUUUCCAUUCGCAUCUGGGUUGACAACAACUACUGCAUCUUCUCCAUUUUGAGCCACAAAUCGGAGGAAGACUUGUUGUGGUUUAACUUUGGCGUUGUCGGCUUUCUUGGCGAUGUUGAAGGAUACAUAAAGACGUUGGGAAGCUUCGGCUUUGAGCUCUCCUGA